UGGCGAGAUUCUCGCACCGCAAGUACCCGCACGGAGCGUACGCACCACAAACAAUUCUGAUCUUGUAAAGACUUGCCAAUUCUCGCGGCGCCGGAACUAAUUGGGGGAAGUGAGGGGUAAACCGGGUAUCACGCAUAAUAUUAUUGUGGGUGGGACGGGGGUUGAGGUUGCGCUUCACGUAUCCCGAAUAAGGCGAGGUUCCUUCGCCGGUAAUGACAACGUAGUCUGGAUCACGCCUCAACUCUGUGGAUAAGAUUGUUUGCAUGUUCCCAACUCAACCUGACAAAAUGGAGUUUAACCCACAAACUACACACCAUCGAAGACUCUGGCACACACUCGAAAUCUUUUAUCGUCUGGUUCGAAUAAUCCUUUAAUGAGGACUCGAGGUUACUUUUGUUUCGAUUAUUCAUCAACGGGCAGGCUCGUUCCAUGGCUUUGUGGCAUCACCGUCCUGUUGAGGGGGUUUGGAUCUGAUAUACUCGUAGGAGCGCCUGUUACCCGUCUGAUCGAACUGGCAGUAUGCCGCCAAUAUCUCGGCAUCCACAACCCCGACCUGAUUGACAAAGAUGGCUAUGUUGAUGAAGUUCACUGCAAAGUGGAUGAUGUCCAGGUGGAGAUGGCGUUGAUACUUGGGGUUGCUGGGCUUCUAAGCGCGCUUGUCGAGCUAUUGGUGUCUAUGCCACUGGGGAUUGUGGCAGAUAGAAGAGGCAGGAGAUUUGCGCUGAUACUUAAUGUUGUGGGAGGACUGUGUUAUUACUUGUGGGUCGUUAUCGUUUGUGUAUUCUACGACCUUUUCCCGCCUAGAAUAUUGGUUACCUGCUCAUUAUUCUACGGCAUUGGUGGAGGGCCUCACAUGUUUUCUGCCUUCAUCCUAGCUAUGAUUGCAGAUGUUACGACUGAGCAACGAAGGACUCGCCACUUCUACGUCGUCCAAUCUAUUGUACAAGUUGUUCAGCUAAUAUCUCCGGCUGUCGGCUCUCUGUUUUUGGGCAUCGGGUUGUGGAUACCGUUUUAUGUAGGGCUUUCUGCGAUGGUCGUGCUCAUAGGGGUGGUAUCUAUCAUCCCAGAGACUGCUGCUUCUCCCAGAAACCCUGCACCUUUGCCAGCUGAACAGGAUCCCUUGCUUGGUUGUUUAGCCCCCAGUCCUUUCAUACCCACCAUUUCGCCGGGGCAUACAGAGCGAACUGUGGUCACCAAUGAGCAUGAACUCCCGCUUGCACAUCCCAUGCUUCUGAGCCGUGCUCAACUUCUCAACCUGGCGUCGCGUCAACCUAUUAUUCCACUUUCUCUCGCCACUUUCUUUUUCUCAAAUCUCUGUCGUGGGGCAUUGAGUGUGCUGCUGCAGUACGUCUCAAAGAGAUACGGCUGGUCACUUUCUCAGGAAAGUUGAACUUCAGUUCCAAACCACUAAAUGCUAACUCCUUGAUUAGGCCGGA